CCGCCUUACGCCGACAGCGCGGUCGGCGGAGCCGGGGGUGGGCGGGCUUGGCGCUGGCGCAGCGGCGGCGUAAGGCGCGAGCCGCCCCUGCAGUGAGUGUGCGCUUUUCCCGGACCAGCCGCGCCGCGCUGCCGGCAUGAGCUACGACCGCGCCAUCACCGUCUUCUCGCCCGACGGCCACCUCUUCCAGGUGGAGUACGCGCAGGAGGCCGUGAAGAAGGGCUCCACCGCGGUUGGUGUUCGAGGAAAAGACAUCGUCGUUCUUGGUGUGGAGAAGAAGUCGGUGGCCAAACUGCAGGAUGAAAGAACGGUGCGGAAGAUCUGUGCGCUGGAUGACAAUGUCUGCAUGGCAUUCGCAGGCCUCACUGCCGACGCUAGAAUAGUCAUCAACAGGGCCCGGGUAGAGUGCCAGAGCCACCGGCUGACCGUGGAGGACCCUGUCACUGUGGAGUACAUCACUCGCUACAUUGCCAGUCUGAAGCAGCGCUACACGCAGAGCAACGGGCGCAGACCGUUCGGCAUCUCCGCCCUUAUUGUGGGUUUUGACUUUGAUGGCACCCCCAGGCUCUAUCAGACUGACCCCUCAGGCACCUACCAUGCCUGGAAGGCCAAUGCCAUAGGGCGGGGUGCCAAGUCAGUGCGCGAAUUUCUAGAGAAGAACUAUACUGAUGAAGCCAUCGAGACGGAUGACCUGACCAUUAAACUGGUUAUCAAGGCCCUUCUGGAAGUGGUUCAGUCAGGUGGCAAAAACAUUGAGCUUGCAGUCAUGCGGCGAGAUCAGCCCCUCAAGAUCUUAAAUCCUGAAGAAAUUGAGAAAUACGUUGCUGAAAUUGAAAAAGAAAAAGAAGAAAACGAAAAGAAGAAACAGAAGAAAGCAUCGUGAUGGAUAAACUCUUGGCUUGUGAUGAUUUUUUAAAUUCAAGUCAUGGUUGAGUCUCUGUCCAGGAUUCCUACAAUAAACUUCCCUAUUUUUUAACCUUC